AUGCGAAAAAAUCAGUUAAUAGAUCGUGAAUCGGGGCACGCACGCCAUGUUGGCACAUUCGUUGUUUGCGCACGUCCUCGCGCACCAAUGCACCGGCGGUGUUUAACACCAAAACAAACAACCCGAUUAACCGGCCUCCUCGACAUGAGUGAGAAUGACAUAACGGUGGUCACUCAGGCUGUUUCUCUGUCCCCUGCAACACCGCGUCCCCUCUCAGAAGCACAGUCUCUAUUGCUGGCCCAAAAAACCCGGUCAAAGACAUCCAAUGGCUCCUUCAAUAACCAAGACAAUAAAAACAACAUCAUGAAUGAUUACAAAAACCUUGAGAGGCAAUGUGCUGACCUUCUUCUUCGCAACCGAAGGCUAGCAAAUGACUAUGAACACAGCCAGCGCGACGUUGCUGCCAAAAACCACACCAUUACUUGCCAAACAGACCUGAUUCGUCGUCUAGAAUCUGGGGUCCGCGAGCUCCGCAACGAGCUUUCAAGGACCAAGGAGUUCUACGAGAACCAAAUCUUCUACUACAAGGACCUAGUGCUGCAGUUGCAGGUGCGGUUGAAGAAAAUGUCACUGGAAGUUGCUCGGUUGACGUCCGAUGAUGCCACCUCUCUUCGAGCUGAAUACGACCGGCUCGUUAAGGACUUUAAAGUAUUGCAAAGCAAUUUCGAACUUGAGCAGAAUCUGAAGAUGGCACUCAUGGACCAGCUUGAGUUCCUCACGCGGGAAAACGAGAUGUUGGUCAACCAAUCGCAGCUCGAUAAUAAUAAGAACCAAGAUGUAGACGACGACGCCAACGACAGCAUUGUCCAUUACACUCACGUGGAGGAUGAUCCCGACGUGCUGAAUGAUACUUGGGACGACCUGGAAGGCGAACAAGUGCUGCAUCUCGACCAACUGUCCCCAGUAAAACUCGGAGAAUUUCCUGACCUUGAUAAAAACCGAGUACCAAGUCUAGAACACAACCCCAAUUUCCAAUUUCCCCCUUCUCCCGAUCCUAAUGCCAAAAAGCGUCAGCUGCUUCCAGCACAGUUGCGUUCGGACACAGAGUUUGUUUUGUCACCUCUCAAACUCGCAAAUAAUAAUUCUUCAACAUACUUUGACGACGAUCUGGUGACCCAACUCAAUCAACCCACACACCGCUACUCGGCGUCUAAACCAAACCAUUCACGCUAUAACUCUCAUGAUAUCCUUGCUAUCAAGGUGGAAUUCGAGCCAGAAGGAGCCCAGCGCGUAUCUUCUGCUCCUGUCAAAGACAAUGGCGUGAUUGAAAGCAUAGAAGAGGAGGAGCUGGCCAAUGUGCGCGGCUCUGCUUUUCGUGCAUUGACAUCAUCGUCGAACAGAAACUCUUUGCUUAGUUCCCGUGAUAGUGUUAGUGUUAUCUUGGAUAAUGAUUUGACAAAGCAAGAGAUUACGAAACUCAAGUUUGAGCUUCAGUCAUUGAGACUUCACAAUGAAAAGUUAUUGUCAUAUAUCGGGUUUGAAUUACAGAAGCAGAAAAAGAACAUUCGCAAGCUUUCAAGCAAGAGUAGUCUACGUGGACUCAACAAGAGGUUCGAGUAUUCAGAUGCUAAACUCAUUGAAAAGUCAAAGGACCUUUUGAUUCACAAGAAGCGUGUCCUUCGUUCGGUUUCUGUCAAUCCAAUUUUGUCCAAAUUUCACGAAGAUAGCAGCCGGCGGUUUGGCAUGCUUCACAAAGGACUUUUAAAUGAGUUUCCCUUCAUAUCGUCCGACGAAGACGACUACGGAUUUAUGAAUCACAAUGACUUGUAUUCGCAGCGUGUGUUUUCUAGUGCUCUUAAUUCGUACUUCAAUUUUGAUGAGGAUUUCCACGUUCCAAAAAAACACAAAUCACAAUUAUUCCACAGAAACAGUUCCUUUGAUGAUGUAUCGGACAGCGAAGAUGACACUACGGAGGACGAUUGGGAGGAUAUACCCGAGGAAGAAGCCGAAGAUAUCGGAAUAUUUUCUCAUAUUAAAUAUCUUCUCAUGGGAUCUGCGAUGAAACGAAAAGAUAUUGCUGUCGAUGAUGGCCUCAAGUACAAGUUUCUCUCGAUCGCAUUUGCCAUAAUGAUCCUCGGCAUCCGGUUCUCCCAUGAUCAACCCCAGCAUCUUCAGUAA